AUGGAGGCAAUGGCUGAUGGCGUUACAAAUACACAGACGCCUGAUUCAAAAUCACAUAGUGUUGAUAAGGUUUUUGAAAGACUGGGAUCAGACGACUCUUACAAGGAUUCCGUUAAACAAGAACUCCAGCAUGUGCAAGAUUCAAUACUGCCAAUGAGAUUGAAAUUCAACGAAUUGCUAAGUACGCUGGCAGCAAUUGACCGUAAAGGCGAAUCUUCGUCAGCGGAAACUUUUAACCAAAUACGAACGAAGCUUUUAGAGUUCAUCAGCGGGGUGCAACAAUUUUCCUCCGAUUACGGUAAAUUACAGCCAUUAUUCGAGCGCUUGCAAGAGGUUUCCAAAAGCGAGGACACAAUUGUGAACUUUGUCCCGCUAGAACGACUAUCUCGCUUAAACGAUGCAUCCACUACGGCGUCCGGGGGUAAAAUUUCAAACGGAAACUCGCCAAGCGCCAAUUUUGUGAGCACGGGUAAACAAGCUCCUUCAAAUGCACAAACACCCUUGAGCAAUGUUCCUACACCGUCUUCUGUCGAUAACGCGCCUGCCAAGAAACCACGCAAGCCUCGAGCUAAGAAAACAGCAGGUCCCUCGCCCUCAUCCAUAGCGCCGCAACAACAGCAGCAACAAAAACAGCAGCCUCAGCAACAUCAGCAACCUCAACCACCUCAACAACACUUCACACCUGCGACAAAUCCCUCUCAAAUCCUUCAAAGCAUGUCGCCAAUGAACAUGAUGAGCAGCCCAAUGAACACGAUUUCGCCCAUGAACAAUGCCGCGCCCAUAUCGCAGAUACCGUUCUCAGCCCCUUCAAAACCGCCAAUGCAGCAGCAGCAACGGCAUGUUCAGCAAACUCCACAACAGCAGUUCAAUCUUGACAGCAUUACCCCAGCGAAUAUUCUACACAUGUCUAUGUCUGAUCACGGAAACACACCACACGCGCAGCAAACAAAUUCACAACAACAACAACAACAACAACAACCGCAACCGCAACAACAACAACAACACCUGCAAUCGUCAAAUCAGGAUUUUAGUGCGCUUGAUAUCAACAAUAUUGACCUUUCCAGCCUCAACAUGGACUUUUUGCAAUAA